AGAACACCGUAAUUUUCUUGCUUUUCUCUCUCUCCAUUGUGUUUAUAGACUAUUUGUGCUUUUUAUGCAAAAUUAACAAGAUUAAUCAUUUACCCUUUUCUCUAAUCUUGGCAGUGAUACAGGUUUACUAGACAAACAAAAGGGUGACAUAUUCAGCUCCUUGACAUGGCAGGCCAGAGGAACAACUACGGUAAGAGAAUGCAAUCGGAAUCUGACUAUUCAAGGAGUGAUGGAAGUAAGAGAAGGACUCCAACUGAUGAAAAGGAAUCAAAUUCCAUUGGACCAGAGGAUACUGUUUUUCGUUAUUUAUGCCCCACAGGAAAAAUUGGAAGUAUCAUUGGAGUUGGUGGGGACAUUGCAAAACAAUUGAGGACAGAAACUAAUUCAAAGAUUAGGAUUAGUGAGACCAUACCUGGCUGCGAGGAGCGUGUGGUAACUAUUUAUAGUGGAAGUGAAGAAACUAAUGUCUCUGAAGAUACUGGUGACCUGAUUUCACCUGCUCAAGAUGCUCUAUUCAGGGUGCAUGACAGAGUCCUUGCUGAAGACCUGCGUAUGGACGAAGAUCUGGAGGAUCAUCAGCAGAUUACUGUAAGGAUGCUUGUCCCAUCAGAUCAGAUAGGUUGUGUGAUAGGGAAAGGUGGACAAGUGAUCCAGAAUUUACGAAGUGAAACAGGUGCGCAGAUUCGGGUGUUAAGCAGUGAGCACUUGCCCCCUUGUGCUCUAAACUCGGAUGAGCUUCUCCAGAUAACCGGUGAAGGUGCAGUUGUUAAGAAAGCACUUUAUCAAGUAGCAGCACGCCUCCAUGAUAAUCCAUCACGGUCCCAACAUCAAUUGCUGUCGUCACCCAGCAUAUUUAGGUCUGGUGCUGGACUUGUUAAUCCUCAUGCUGGUACCCAAGUCAUGGGUGUGACAUCAUUGAUGGGUCCUUACGCAAGUUACAAAAGUGAUGGUAGAAGUAGAUCUUCUUCUGUAAAAGAGUUUGCAGUUCGUUUGGUUUGUCCAACUGAGAAUGUAGGAGCUGUAAUUGGCAAAGGUGGAGGCAUUAUCAAACAGCUAAGACAGGAAUCAGGUGCAUCUAUUAAAGUCGAUAGUGCUGCGGCCGAGGGAGAUGAUUGCAUUAUAUUUGUAUCAGCAAAGGAGGCAUUUGAAGAUCAAUCCCCUACCAUCGAUGCAACAAUGCGUUUGCAACCGAGAAGUAGUGAGAAAACUGAAAAAGAAUCCGGUGAUGCUAUUCUUACGACUCGCCUGCUUGUACCUAGUUCACGAGUUGGAUGCCUUAUUGGUAAAGGUGGUUCCAUUAUCAAUGAGAUGCGGAAUUCCACAAGGGCAAGCAUCCGCGUUCUUUCGAAGGAAAAUCUUCCCAAAGUGGCAUCCGAAGAUGACGAGAUGGUGCAGAUUACUGGAGAUGCUAAUGUUGCUGCCAAUGCGUUAUUGCAAGUACUUAUGCGUUUGAGGGCCAAUACAUUUGAGAUGGAGGGAUCUUUUCCUGCAUUUUCUCCUGGCCUUUCUUAUGUCCCCAUGUCUGCAAGCAUGCCAGAUGGUUCAAGAUAUGGUAACCGUGAUAAUAGAUCACGUCGGCAUGGUCAUUCAUCUUAUUCAGGUGGACAUGAUUACAAUGAUUUGUCUCCAAGUGAUAGUUAUGGUGGCUCACAGGUUGGUGGUGGAGGUAAUUAUGCACCAUAUGGCGUUUAUUCCUCUGGGCGACCUAGCAGUGCAGGGGUUUCCAGCCAUAACCCUUCUGCCUAUGGAAAAUCUUAUGGAUACUAGGGUGUGGAGGGUUAUUAGCAGCCGGAGGUACAGAAUUUCACCUUUUUUUUGAUCUUAUACAUAAAUUAAUGGGCAUCUCUGUUCUGUACUUCAGUAUAGCCUCAAGAGCAUCUUCCUUUUGAUAACUUUGACUAGCCUGAAGCCUGUAUUGCAUCUCUAAUGCUCUUUCUUUUACUUUGCCUUUUCACACUUGCCAUCUAAACAGCUAUCAUCUCCGAUGCCUGUUCCAGCCCAUUGCCCGCCCCUUUUGACGAAGCCUCCAGCCUAAGAACAGAGGACCAGACGAACAAGAUAGAGAAACUUGUGGCCAUCCUUGCCCUAGUAUUUCUGUUUCUUAGGUGUUACCAGCAUAUAUAUUGUAAUGAAACAACGCCUCUUAGUCAUUGAAGGCCUUUUGUACCCAACAAUACCUUUACUUUAGUGGUUUUGUGUAGCAGACUAAGCCAUGACAGUUUGAUGUGGUGGUUCUUCUUUACUUUUUGUUUGUUUGUUUGUGUUCUUAAGAACUUUUGUGACGUUUCCUGUUGACCAGUUAUGCUACAGGAUUGAACAUUCUAUUG